AUGGGUGACAAUCAGUGAGUCAACUUUUUGGCUUCUCCCUCAUCAUGACUGUAUUGACUUGAAUCUCCAGCUUUGUUUUAAAACACAUACAAACAUGAUGAAUCACAGCUGUUGCAAAAGCUCAACACAGCAUUAGAUAAAUUACAUUGUGAUAGUUUAGAGAUACAUUGUGACCUUAAUUACAUUGGUAUCUCUCUACAUAUAUUUCUCUUUAUUUCUUUCUCUAUUUUCUCUCUCUAUUUCUCUAUAUAUCGAUUUCUCACGCUCUCUCUUUAUCGCUCUCUCUCUCUCUCUCUGCAGGGAAUCCCUUCAUUGAGAUCAUUGAACAGCCCAAGCAGAGGGGCAUGAGGUUCAGGUACAAGUGUGAGGGGCGCUCUGCGGGAAGCACCCCGGGAGAGAAGAGCAAUGACACCACCAAGACACACCCUGCCAUUAAGGUGAGGACGCCCUUUAAUAACACACAGAUAAUGGCACUCAGAUAAUUAACCUGUAAUUUUACAAUGAUUCCAUGCCAUCGUUUACACUGUAGCUCAAUGAAUUUAUUCCGAUACCUUAAAGGGAUACUUCGGAAUUGUGGCAAAAAAGGCCCUUUAUCCAUUUCACCAGAUUCAGAUGAACUCGUGGGUACCAUUUUUAUGUCUCUGUGUCCAGUAUGAAGGAAGUUAGAGGUAGUGUUAGAAUUGGCACCGUGUAGCUCAGUUGGUAGAGCAUGGCGCUUGUAACGCCAAGGUUGUGGGUUUGAUUCCCACGGGGGGCCAGUAUGAAAAAUGGAUAAGAGCGUCUGCUAAAUGACAAUAAUGUAAAUGUUAGUGCAAUGACUGGAAGUUUAUUGGUAUCUUCUGCUAACAUGCUAGUGGAUACCUAUAGACUUCCAGUCAUUGCGCAAGCGCUAGUUAGUAAUUGCACUAGUUAGCAACUUAAAAAUGGUAUCCACAAGUUCACCUGACUCCGGGGAAGUAGAUAAAAAUUGCCAAAAUCUCAAAGUAUCCCUUUAAUAAUCGUAGCUAAAUCACCAUAUAUUCUGAGAUGGUUAAUGAAUAAACUAUUAAUCAAAGUAAGAUUUGUUAUACAAAUUAGCAAUUUUGUCUAGUUAUAACCAUGGUAUAGCUAAUCAGUACUACACCAUGCUUUACGACACAUGAUUUAUGGAGAUUUGAAGGUGAUAAUUAAGUGGUGGAGAUUCUAUGGUGAGUGAUGAUACACAUCCUGCUAACCUGGCUUGCUACCAUGCAGGUACACAACUACAAUGGCCCCCUGCGUGUCCGAGUGUCCUUGGUGACCAAGAACCCACCUCACAAGCCCCACCCCCAUGAACUGGUGGGGAAAGACUGCAAACAUGGUUACUAUGAGGCAGACCUGCAGGAGAGACGAGUACACAGGUUAGACUGUGUGUGUGUGUGUGUGUGUGUGUGUGUGUGUGUGUGUUGGGGGCUUGAGGGUUUGUGUGUGUGUGUAUGCGAGGGCAGGUCUGUGGAAAUUACUAGACAGGCAUGGAUGUGUAUGUGCACGUGUGUGUCGCAAGCAUGUUAGUGGGUGGGUGUGUGAUGAAAUACAAAGGAACAAAAUGUUUGUUUGGUGCAGUGUGCAUCUGCCAAUAUCUUGAUCGAGGACAUACACUUGGAUGACAAAAGGGUACCAGUUAAUGAUUUAUAUGACCAUUUAGAAAAAGUUGUUUCACGUGGUCUUGAUUUUAAAGGCUAGAACCAGAGGAUGGUUGAAUGAAGCACCCUCUUCUGGUCGAUAUCUACAGUAUCUCACUUUCACACACGUUCACUCUGACUCCUUGUCUCACUGUCUGCUCUCAGUUUUCAGAACCUGGGCAUUCAGUGUGUGAAGAAAAAGGAUGUGGCCGAAGCAGUUUCCUGUAGACUGCAGACCCAAAACAACCCCUUCAACAGUGAGUACAUACAUACACACACACACAUUUGUUGUACUAUCAUUGUGGGGACCAAACAAUUGAUUCCCACUCCUAACCCUAAUUCUAACCCUAACCCCAAAGCAUAAAAUAGCUUUUUUCCUUGUGGGGACUGGCAAAAUGUUCCUUGUUUUACUAUCCUUGUGAGUACUUCUGGUCCCCAUAAGGAUAGGUAAACCAAAAGAACACACGUGACAAUCCACUGUCAUAACAUUAUACCAGUUAUAUAAUUCACUUCUCCAAUCAAAUUUUCAUGUUUGUUUACCUUGGUUUAAUCCAAUAAUAUUGUGUGAAUAGGAAUUUAUUUUUCCUCCGUUGACUGUGACUGACAGGAUACAGUCAGUGUCAGAUAGCCAAUCUCAGAUGCCACACCAAUUUGCUUUGUGUCUGAUGUGUUGUGUUUUGGCUGCAGUUCCUGAGGCAAAGGUGUGGGAGGAGGAGUUUGACCUGAAUGCAGUGAGGCUGUGUUUCCAGGCCUCGAUCACUCUACCUACCGGGGAACUCUGCCCUCUGGAGCCCGUGGUGUCCCAGCCCAUCUACGACAACAGUGAGUCUGCCCCACAAACACACACACACACACACACACACACACACCCACACACCAAACACUCACCAAGUACACACUGGCUCAUCUGUCACUGUUCUGUCCUGGCUGUUCAUGUUUUUGUGAACUAUUUUUUUAUUUUUUUUUCUAUAUAAGGCUAAAUACACUGCUCAAAAAAAUAAAGAGAACACUCAAAUAACACAUCCUAGAUCUGAAUGAAUGAAAUAAUCUUAUUAAAUACUUUUUUCUUUACAUAGUUGAAUGUUCUGACAACAAAAUCACACAAAAAUUAUCAAUGGAAAUCAAAUUUAUCAACCCAUGGAGGUCUGGAUUUGGAGUCACCCACAAAAUUAAAGUGGAAAACCACACUACAGGCUGAUCCAACUUUGAUGUAAUGUCCUUAAAACAAGUCAAAAUGAGGCUCAGUAGUGUGUGUGGCCUCCACGUGCCUGUAUGACCUCCCUACAACGCCUGGGCAUGCUCCUGAUGAGGUGGCGGAUGGUCUCCUGAGGGAUCUCCUCCCAGACCUGGACUAAAGCAUCCGCCAACUCCCGGACAGUCUGUGGUGCAACGUGGCGUUGGUGGAUGGAGCGAGACAUGAUGUCCCAGAUGUGCUCAAUUGGAUUCAGGUCUGGGGAACGGGCGGGCCAGUCCAUAGCAUCAAUGCCUUCCUCUUGCAGGAACUGCUGACACACUCCAGCCUCAUGUGGUCUAGCAUUGUCUUGCAUUAGGAGGAACCCAGGGCCAACCGCACCAGCAUAUGGUCUCACAAGGGGUCUGAGGAUCUCAUCUCGGUACCUAAUGGCAGUCAAGCUACCUCUGGCGAGCACAUGGAGGGCUGUGCGGCCCCCCAAAGAAAUGCCACCCCACACCAUGACUGACCCUCCGCCAAACCGGUCAUGCUGGAGGACGUUGCAGGUAGCAGAACGUUCUCCACGGCGUCUCCAGACUCUGUCACGUCUGUCACGUGCUCAGUGUGAACCUGCUUUCAUCUGUGAAGAGCACAGGGCGCUAGUGGCGAAUUUGCCAAUCUUGGUGUUCUCUCGCAAAUGCCAAACGUCCUGCACGGUGUUGGGCUGUAAGCACAACCCCCACUUGUGGACGUCGGGCCCUCAUACCACCCUCAUGGAGUCUGUUUCUGACCGUUUGAGCAGACACAUGCACAUUUGUGGCCUGCUGGAGGUCAUUUUGCAGGGCUCUGGCAGUGCUCCUCCUGCUCCUCCUUGCACAAAGGCGGAGGUAGCAGUCCUGCUGCUGGGUUGUUGCCCUCCUACGGCCUCCUCCACGUCUCCUGAUGUACUGGCCUGUCUCCUGGUAGCGCCUCCAUGUUCUGGACACUACGCUGACAGACACAGCAAACCUUCUUGCCACAGCUCGCAUUGAUGUGCCAUCCUGGAUGAGCUGCACUACCUGAGCCUCUUGUGUGGGUUGUAGACUCAGUCUCAUGCUACCACUAGAGUGAAAGCACCGCCAGCAUUCAAAAGUGACCAAAACAUCAGCCAGGAAGCAUAGGAACUGAGAAGUGGUCUGUGGUCACCAGCUGCAAAACCAGUCCUUGUGUGAUUGACUUGGAGUUACAUUGUGUUGUUUAAGUGUUCCCUUAAUUUUUUUGAGCAGUGUAUAAGCAGUACAUACAAGCAGUACCCAGGGGGAGCAACAUCACACAAAAAGACGAGAAAAAACUAAAUAAUAAAUAAAGACGAGUGAAGGAAAACGCAAAUCAAAUUGCAUACAUACAUAUACACAUUUGGGCUGUUAAACGUUUUAAAAUAAUGAAUUGAGUUAAUGGCAUUAGUAAACAAUUACCUCGACUAACCGGUGCCCCCACACAUUGACUCGGUACCGGUACCCCCUGUAUAUAGCCUCGCUAUUGUUAUUUUACUGCUGCUCUUUAAUUAUGUAAUUUUUUAUUUUUUAUUUUUAUUUUUUGGGUAUUGCUUCUUAAAACUGCAUUGUUGGUUAAGGGCUUGUAAGUAAGCAUUUCACUGUAAGGUGAAACCUGUUUUAUUCGGCGCAUGUGACAAAUAAAAUGGGAUUUGAUUUGAAAUCGCGAUUUAAACCGUUUUUGAAUUUGCUCAAAUUUGGCCCUAAAAUAAAGAUUUUUUAAAUUUGAACAGCAGUGCAUUGAGUUACAGGCAUACUAUGCUUUGAUUGUAAAGGUCGGAAACACAAAAUAAUCUACAUCAGAAAGUUUUAAUAGCAUUUUCACCAUAAAAACACAGAAGCCACUGUAACAUUCAGCUAUUAAUGCUCCCAAUGUUUAAGUAGGCCUGCUCCCUCUUAUCAAUGUCCUUGAUGUUUAACACUUGCACACACACUUUUUUUUCUUACACACACACACACACACACACACACACACACACACACACACACACACACACACACACACACACACACACACACACCUUUUAAGUACUGUUAAAGCUUCAGGCAUUCUAAAUGAGUGUGACUAUAGGAAACAAUAACUGUCUCUAUGGAUACAAAGAGCUUUUAAACUUAUGAAAACAUUGUAACCAUCUGUACACACACAGGCCUUCACAUCCUCUCUGACACACACACAAUCAUACACACCCCACAAUUUUGGCAGUUGAUCUUACUAAUAUACAAAUGUUGUUGUACAUGAAAACCCAAAGCCUGCACAGUACAACAUUCGGUUCAAACCAGCUUUUAAGAAUGUUUUUUCUUCACAGCUGUUGAAACUGCUAUAAUUAAUCAAUUUUCUUGAAAAGAGAUGUGGACAUUUGGGUUAUAACCAAAGAGCAUGAGAGCGGGACAAAAUUUUCCUAAGACGUCAACAACAUAUUUCCAAAGAAGUUAAACAGUGCCAAAACGUAUGCAUGCAUGUUUCACAGUUGACUCUGUCAGUUUCACUCAUUUCUAAACAUGAACUAGACAGCCGCUGUAGGCCUUUUACACACAUUCACUCCAGCUCUCUCUUCCGUCUCACAGGAGCACCCAACACAGCAGAACUGAAGAUCUGUCGAGUGAACAGAAACUCUGGAAGCUGCAGAGGGGGGGAUGAGAUCUUCUUACUUUGUGACAAAGUGCAAAAAGGUUUCUCUGUCACACACACACGCUUCUAUUUUUGUUGGUAUUAAUGAGUUGAGCCUUUUUUAGUUUCUUUAACCUUCCAUCAACGGCUUUGUUCCUGUAUGUCCUCUUUUGAAGUUCCUCUUUGCCAGACACACAUUUGAAAGUAUUGUAUAUAAGCCCACAGGUAACCACUUAUUUAGUUGGUCAAACUUAGAACCAAUGGACUACGUUAUCUCCUUUCUGUAUUACAUGAAAAGGUGGCCAAUGAAAGAAUGUUGUUACAGAAUGUUACCAAAUCAGUUAGACUGGCUCAGAAUCAAUUCUCCCAGACAGUCAAUCCCGUCUCACUGUCCCACCCCUCCUCCUUCCCAUCCCCUCCCCUCUCCCACUCUCUUCUUUCUCCCCUCCACAGAGGACAUCGAGGUGCGGUUCUUCCAGGACUCGUGGGAGGGGAAGGGCACCUUCUCCCAAGCGGACGUCCACAGGCAGGUGGCCAUUGUGUUCCGCACCCCGCCCUACUGCGACACCAACCUGACCGAGCCAAUCCGAGUGAAGAUGCAGCUCCGCAGGCCCUCGGACCGCGAGGUCAGCGAGCCAAUGGACUUCCAGUUUCUGCCCUCCGACCCAGGUCACUUCCCUUUCCAUUACAAUGGCGACCCGCUUUGGCCCUCCUGUAGCUCAGUUGGUAGAGCAUGGUGCUUGCAACACAAGGGUUGUGGGUUCGAUUCCCACGGGGGGCCAGUAUGAAAAAUGUAUGCACUCACUAAUUGGAAGUCGCUCUGGAUAAGAGCGUCUGCUAAAUGACUAAUAUGUAAAAAUGUUUCUCUGGCAUCACUCCUGUAGCCUGUGUGGUUGUAAUGCAAAACAUUUUACCCAGGCUAACUCUAGAUUUUUUCACUGUACAGAUGAAUAUAGACUGAUGGAGAAGAGAAAACGGACCGAGGGAAUGUUCCAGAAUCUGAAGCUGGGGUCCAUCAUGCCAGGUAAGUGUCUAAAAUGAUCCAUGUUGCUGAACUAGGCAGCUGUGUCCUCUGAUGGUUUUAAUGUGUGAUGGUGUUUGUUUGAAUUCCAGGGGCCAUGCCAGCAGAGAGAAGGCCUUUCAACACUGCCAGGAGAACAGUCACUGCCAAGCUAGCAGCUAGCCAGCCUGGUAAACCAUACUAUUUAUUUAGCUGUUUAUUAUUAAUAGGUGCGUUAAUACAGUAAAGGGUGUUGUUCUGUAUGUAACAUUAGUGGUCAGAAGUUAACAUGGAAACUACUGUUUAGGGACCCUACAUUUAUUUGUACAUUUGGCAGGAUACAGCAUUGGGUAAGGGACAGUGGUAUUGACUGUUUGUUUGUCUCUUUCAGUGGUGAACCCAGUGGUGCCCCCUAGUGCCGUCUCUGUGAAGCCCCAGCCUUACUACAAAGGCCCCCAGCCAGGCCAGCUGUUUCAAACCCAACCCAAGGCAGAGGCCUCCUCCACCACAGCAGAGACCUGGAAGUUCCUCAACAGCCUGACUCUGGACUCCCAUCCCAAAGCCACCCCCGUGGCCAGCUUCACCACCAACCCCCAGGCCUCUGCAGCCACAUCCUCCUCCUCCUCCGCCCAGGCCUUUUCCACCGUAAACCUGUCGGACCUCCACGGCUUCGCUUUCUCCACCUUUGCUUGUCCCCAGGAGCCGGUGAGUGCAGCCGCUACCCCAGAGCCCACCUCUACCUUCGGGGUCCAGGGCUCCCAGUUCAAGGUGGAUGAGGAGCUACCCGAGUUCCCCAGCUUUUCUGAGGUACAACCGUCAGGGACUCUAGAUAGUAUAAACGUUGACGACUUCCAGGCUCUUCUGGGCCAGAGUGGUCUGGCUGGAGAGGGACCAGGGAGCAGUGGGCCGUCAGCCCCUCAGGCACCCUGCCAAUUACCCUCCACCAUCAGCUGUGGCGGCAGCACCUGGAUGAACUACCCCAACAGCAUUGUCAACCUGCUCCAGAACGAGAGCAUGAUGGACAGUUCCCCCGGCAACGCCAGCCAGCCGGCCGUCCUUGACGACCUGGACGUCUUCGGCUCCAUGGACGAAGACUGUCUCAUGUCCAUCCUGAACAGUAGCAACCAGACCGGUUUUGUGUCCGGUCAUCAGACCUAA